UACAUUACAACCGUUUACCCGUUUAAAAAUAAUUUUGGCGCCAUCUAUCAGUCGUUGCAGACACUAAUAAAAACCAUAACACCGGCCACUGCUGCAGUCCUGCAGACCGUCGGUCUUGACUCUGUGUCACUCUGUCACAUGAUGAAACAUGCUUGUCUAAAGUUUAUUAUUUCAAGUAAUUCACAAUGAAGAUACAACGUCAUAAAAAGGUUCAAAAGAACCUUGGUUUUUUUAUCAAUAACUACAAAUUUCGCCAACCUUACCAAAUUUUGAUAGAUGGAACUUUUUCGUUUGCCGCUCUUGAGAAUAAAUUCAACAUUAAUGAGCAAUUUCCCAAGUACUUUCAAGCCGAGGUAAAAUUGUUAACAACGCAAUGUGUUAUUUUGGAAACUGAAAAAUUGGGGCCCAAACUGUAUGGAGCCAUGCUUAUUGUUAAAAAGUUUGCUGUACACAAAUGUGGCCAUGAAAAACAACCUGUAUCAGGAUCCAAAUGCUUACGUUCAAUGGUUGGAUCAAAUAAUCCAUCUAGGUAUUUGGUUGCAACACAAGAUAGACUUCUUCAAGAUCAGUUAAGAAAAGUACCAGGAGCACCAAUAAUUUAUCUGCAUGGAAAAGCACCUACACUGGAACCUCCCUCACAAAUAAGUCGUGAAUUUGCUGAACAAAUCCGCAAUAAUACCAUAAUGACAGAUGUGCAGGAAGAAACAAUCAAGACAAUGAUGAAGCAAUCUGGCUUAGAAACAGAGAAUUCGUUUAAACCCAAGAAAAAACGCAGCAAAGGAGGUCCUAAUCCUUUAAGUUGUAAAAAAAGAAAAAAGAAAGAUGAUACUAAUUCUAAUACAAGUGGUAAAAAAGUUAAUGAGACUGGUAAAGUACGAAAAAGAAAAAGAAUUAAAUUGCCAGCCCAUGUAAAAGAAGUACUUAAAGCCAAUGUAUAGAUUUUGCAGUUGUAGAAACAUAGUGUACCUGUACACAUAUAAUAAAUUAUUAAUGUUAUUAUAAAUUUAUACAUGAACAUGUAUGGAAAAUUUUUUACUUUUUUAUUAUAAUACAUUUGUUCAAUUAAUAAGAAUAAAGUAUUUAUUUAACUUUGACUUUUCGCGUUAUGCAAA